CGAAAUUAUCGAUUCGAAUCGAACUAAUUCAGUUUCAUUGUUGAACCGAUGCCAAAGGUGGAUGCGAUUAGAUAGUUGGUGGAACUGUACGCCGAGUUUGAGCCGAUUUCCGCUCAUUGGUGUACAGAGAAAAUCAAACUUGUCCAGAGCUGUGAGACCUCUCUUUUUGAAAAAAAAAUUACUUCCGUGCUUUUGAUUUUCAUUUGGCUCUUUCACUCAUCAAAUCAAUCCCGUUUUUAAUCGUCAAUCGAAGGUUCAACCAUGACAACAUUUCGGCCUGUAGAUUCAAAGAGAGAAGAAUAUCGCAAGUACCUAGAAAGAGCGGGGGUAAUGGAAUCAUUAACAAGAGUAUUAGUCUCUCUGUAUGAAGAACAAGAUAAAGGAAUUGAUGCGUUAGAGUAUGUCCGAAAUCAUCUACUGGAGAAUCACCCUAGUCAAAAUUCAACAGAAGAAGAACUAAGAGCUCAAGUUGCUCGACUUGUCACUGAGAAUAACAUGCUACGCAAGCGUCUUAGCCAGUAUGAAGAAGUUCCACCGCCGAUGGCAGUAUCCUCCCCUUCAAAGUCACAGACCUUACAACGAAGCGAUGUUGGUGGUUCCAUACACUCAGGACAAUCGAAAAUGUCAAAGGUGUCAGGUUCUUCUCGAGGCAAUCCUCCCUCUGAGAAAUCAUUGGAACAUCAAGGCUCUGCAAAUUCCAUUCAUAAGGAUUAAUUUCUCUCACAAUUUUUUCCAGCGCCCCUGUGAUAUUCUUAAUUCUACUUAUGUAGUUUGUCUCAGUAUAUCUUUAAUUUAUUUUACAUCUCCUUGAGGCUAGAAAUAUUUUUGAUACUUUUUUUUAAAGUUUACAAGUACCUAUAAUUUAAUGUUUCUCUCAGUCUCAAAUAUUUUUGUUUCCCUUUUUCAUAGUACUUAUGUGACAGCGAUUUUUGUUGUCAUGGCAGUCUAAUAAUUCCUUUUGAGAAAAAAAUUAAUUCAGAAAUGCAGUGGGCGACAGUCCUUUAAAGAAAUUCGGUACUGUUUGGAACUGCCCCCUCUUGAAUUGUGAUUCAACCAAAGUUCAUAGUCAGAAUAAAUUUGUUGCAAAGCAAA